ACAAAAGGCAGAGAAAGAAAAACAAGACAGGACGGGUUAAAAUGUUUCCAUCUGUGAUGCUGCUGAUUCUGUUUGCAGCAGCAGUGACUGAAGCGAACAUCCUCUCCUUCACAGUCAGAGAGGGAGAUGAUGUGACGCUGCCUUGUGCAGAUGUGUUCAAAAAUCAGCAGAAGUGUGACGAGACUUCUUGGCUUUUCAGUCAUGAUAAGAGAGAGAAUGAGACUGCUAAAGCUCCAUCAUGGAGACUGACUACUGCAGCGGACUGUUCUCUGGUGAUCAAAAGUGUCUCACGGGAGGAUGCUGGUCGUUACGCCUGCAGACGCUUCAACUCAGGACAAAAACAUCUGGACGCUCUUGUGUAUCUUUCUGUUGUUUUCAUGGAGUCCCAUGGUGCCCUUGGAGUCGUAUUCUACUGCUCUGUCUUCAGGUACGAUACAUGUUGGCACACGGUGCAGUGGCAGUAUAACGGCAGUCAGAGCGACAUAGGGACGUUAAAGAGCACCUGUUCAGCCAGGGUGACGUUCAAGACUCCCCAUGUUGUUCAGAAGUCAGACUUUGCAGAGUUGCUUUCCUGCAACAUCACGGACAAUAAGAGCAAACAAACCCUGCUGUGUGAUUUCAACUCCAGGACGUCGUGCCAGAAAACAGAAAGUCAGUCGACACAGAAACCGCAGACAGUUUCUACUGAGGAGGACAAAGUUGCAGGGCUCAUGCUCAGGUUUAUCAUUGUGUCUGUGGGAUUGUCAGUACUCAUACUAACUGUGGUGAUUGUCAACAUAUGGGCGAGAAUCAAAGGAAACAAACCCCAGAGAGUUCACAGUGUGGUACACAAUGAGGACAUUUUUUAUUCAGUUGCCUGUGAGAAAUCUACAAACCAGGACACCUCUGUUAGACUGCACAAAGCAACGACUAAAUGAUCUGUACAACCUUGAAAACAUGUAAAACAGUUAUGCAUAAUUUUAACCAUUUAAGAUUGUUUCACUGAUUUAAAACUACUGCUUUGCCUCUGCUUUUUUAAAUCUGUAAAAGUACAGAGAAAAUUUUUCUAAUUUUUUUUUCUUCAUACAGUUCCUAUAAAAAGUCUCUACCCCCUUGUAGGAUGUUUAACACUUUAAUUGAUUUUAUAAAACAAACAUGGUCAAUAUGAUUUGGCUUUUUUUUUUUGACAAAAUAAAUACAGUGAAUUAAUUACUGAAUAAAUAUUC